AUGAACACAGCAAUCAGCCUACUAUGUGUGGUGGCCUGUGUGUCGGCCAUCCAGAUCGGAUACGUCGCUCCAGCCACGAGCUAUAUUUACCGAAGCGAUAAUGACGGUCCGGCCAGCCUCAUCCAUGUUGGAGCGCAUGGCUACCAGCAGCCACAAGCAUUUGCGCCUCCUUUACCUAUCGGCCAACCAUUGAAAGCGGUCGAGGCCUACGACUUGGCGCCGAUCCCGUUGCCAUAUGUAGCCGCUAAGCCCAUCAUUAUAGAAGAUGCAGAAGAUGAUGACGAGAGCUCUGAUGAGGGGUCUGAAGAAAGCAGCGAGGAGGAACUAGCCGGGCAUAGCAUCGGUCAUGAAGCUGGUGGUGGCAGUGCUUAUGGUGAAGAACAUCAUGCUGCCAAAGGCGAAAAAGGUACCAAGGGUUAUCACAGCCAAGAUCAUCAUGCCAAAGGAGUAGCUGGCAAGUACGGCAAGGAGCAUAAGGAAGGUUACUUCCAGGAAGCUAAAGGAGAAAAGGGCGAGCACCAUGACGAAGCAGACGCUCAUGGAAAACAUCACGAAGCCGGAGAGAGUUACAAAGGAGGAGAUCAUGGUCAUAAGAAACAUUUCAGCAAGGGUGAAGAAGUCACCGGUUACCACAAGGUGUUCCAUAAGGAUGAGUUUAAGAAAGACCACGACUUCUACGAUGUAGCUGACAACAGUGGUAACUUCAAGAAGCACGGUUCCCAAGACGCUCAUCACGGAUCCGAAGCUGGCGGUCAUAAGAAAGGAGGUCACAGCGACUCGGGCUUUAACAAGGGCGGUUUCGGUAAAUCUGGAUUCCAUGCUAAGGGUGUAGUGGACGAAGCGGAUGAAGGACAUUCCGCUGAGGAAGGCGCAGACAGUCAUUACAAGCACCAUGAGGACUACGGGAAAAAGGCGGGUGGCAGCCAGGAGAAGGAAUAUGCAUUUGGUGGAGCUGAUGGUGAUUACGAAGAAGACGACAAGCACGAUGACGAAGAAUGA